AUGCUCCAAUUUCUCUUUCCACACUACACACACUACUCGGAUACGAUGGGCUUGGUGUCGAGAGCCAGCGAAUUCGGGUUUCCCUCCUUCCCUCGACGCACCAACGUCCUGCCAGACAGCCGGGUUUUCGACAUUGCCGCUAAGCAGCUUGACGCGCCAAAUAUUAAAAUUGGAUUUCACAUUCCCACGUAUGUGAAGAAGUUAAUUCACCUCGCGAGAGUCAAAUUACGGCGUGUGCAAGGUGACACCGAACCUGCAGCAUCCCUGAAACAAGUCUGGAUUGAGUCGGUUCGUCCAGAGGGCUUCCUCAAACUCAUCCAUACCUCAGUACGUCGAUUUCUCAUGUACGCUGUUGUGCAGAAACCAGCGAUAAUUUAUGCCCUGAUUUGA